AUGGUUCAGCUUCUGACCCCCGAUGGCGUAUUUCUUCUUUCCAUGCUCUCGAUUCUCUCCUCGUACUGCUGGCCGGACGCGCUUGCAGCCACGUCCGAUGGCCUCACGAACGACCUAGCUGGAAAGGGCUUCGAUGUGGUCUUCCCGACGGAUGAACGAUUUGUGAAUGUUUCCCAAGCUUUCAACCGCCGUUAUACGCCAAAUCCAGCCGCUGUAGCCUUUCCUUCGACAGCACAGCAAGUUUCUCAGAUCGUGAAAGUGGGAUACGAGAGAGGCUACAAUGUGGUGGCAAGAAGUGGUGGACACAGCUACGCUGCUCACGGCCUCGGCAUACAUCCCAACGCAAUCGUCGUGGACCUCUCGAGCAUCAAGACUCUCAGCGUGGACACCGAUAAGAACACCGCUGUCAUUGGAGCUGGGAAUAGGCUGGGCGAGGUUGUUCUUGGGUUGAACAAGUACGGACGAGCUUUGCCUCAUGGUACUUGCGCGUAUGUUGGAUGGGGUGGACAUGCCACCUUGGGCGGGUAUGGUUUCACUUCCAGGAUGUGGGGUCUCUCAGUCGACACUGUCGAAUCAAUGGAAGUCGUCCUCGCAAAUGGGACUCUUGUCUCCACGUCGGAGAAGUGGUAUCCAGAGCUUUUUUGGGCAACACCAUAUCUCGGGAUCGUUGUCUCCACCACCGUUCGAACCUUCGCCGUGCCGCCAUCUGCUACGAUAUUCUCCGUCUCAUAUCCCAACCUCGGCAUAAGCCAAGCUACCACUGCGCUCCUCCACUACCAACGCUGGUCGAGGAGACCCGACAUCCCGAAGGCGAUUGGUCUCCAAGCAGUCUUGACGCGGGGGAGUGAGAGCGGGAAGGUUGGAUUCGGGUUCUCUGGAGGGUGGUACGCUCCUGUAUCUAGCGAUGGGCUGGACUUGAAUCGCACGCUAAAGCCAUUGGUGGAUGGCAUUGGGGUGGAGCCGACUCGAGUCAACUUCGAUUCUGGGGAUUAUGUUCAUAGCGCGGAGAAUUUGGCUGGUGGCUCCCUCGAUACGACGCAACCUGGCGGAAGGGAUACGUUCUAUGCGAAGAGUCUUGUCAUACCCGAGGACGAGGGGCUCCGUGAGGGUACUGUGAGAGAGUUCGUGACGGUGUUCGCGACCCAGGGUUUUGAGACUCCAUUAGGAUGGUGGUUCAUCCAGCUCGACCUGUUUGGAGGGCGGGACUCGGCUAUCAACGAUAAACGUCCUGAGGAUACCGCCUUUCCUCAUCGCCGUGGGCUGUGGGGAAUCCAACUUUACGCCUCGACGAGGGAGAACGUUCCGCCAUACCCCGAGGGCGGGUUCGAAUUUCUGGACGACGCCGUCAACGCGAUACUGAAGAACAGUCCGCGGCCUCGGAAUUUUGGUGCCUAUGCAAACUAUAUCGACGAUCGACUUGGCGAAGGGGCUCCGGAUUUGUAUUUCAAGUCGAACUGGAAGAGGAUAUUGCGCGUGAAGGAGAAAUAUGAUCCAACUGGCGUAUUCGAGCUUCCAGAUGGGUGGUGA